AUGGUGAUUGUACAGACACAUUUUCGCAUUAAUGAUAUUAAUAUGGAUUCCGUCACACCUUCCUAUAUAUUUUCAGGCCCAGAACACAAGAAGGAUGGCGAGACGCCGGUCCCCGCCGAGCCGGUAGACGAGGCCAGGGUGAUGCAGUGCAUCGUGGGCGGCGCUCACGCCUUCAUUUUACGGAUAUCAAGUUUCUUCGGUCUGGCGCCACUCAAGUUCGAGUCUCGUGGCGAUGGCUUCUCUGUGACGAUCUCACAUCCCAUGUGUGUGUACAGCUACAUACUAGUAACAGUGUUAGUGAUACUGACGAUAUUCGGUCUGGUGGCGGAGAUCACGGUGGGCGUGGAGCUGUCUGUGCGGAUGUCGUCGCGGAUGGCGCAGUUCGUGUCCGCGUGCGAUGUCCUCGUCGUCGUGGUUACGGCGCUCGCUGGCGUGUACGGCGCGCCACGACGGAUGAGGAAGAUGCUGAAGUUCAUGGAGAGUAUUGCUUCGGUGGACACCAACAUCGGAGCGUAUUACUCGACGACGACGGAGCGCAAGCUGUGCGCGUGUCUGCUGGCCAUCCUCACCUUCUUUACCGUGCUGCUGGCUGAUGACUUCUGCUUCUACACUCUACAAGCUAAGAAGAUCGAUAGGCAAUGGAACGUGGUGACGAACUACGUGGGGUUCUACCUGCUGUGGUACGUGGUGAUGAUGCUGGAGCUGCAGUUCGCGUUCACGGCGCUGUCGGUCCGCGCGCGCUUCCGAGCCGUCAACGACGCCAUCGCGCUCACAGCACGACACACGCAUAUGCCGGUGGAGAAAGCCCGUGAGCCGGCGCAGAUGAACGUGUUCGCGAUCCGCACGGGGCCGGCCGAGCCGCGCGACCACAACGUCAGCCUGCUGCUUGAUACACUACCGGGGAAGGAACAUGCCAUCAUCAAUAGAAAUCCAGUAAACGGCGAGGCCAAGCUCCUAGUUCCACCAUGCGAGGCGAUCCGUCGGCUGGCGGUGCUGCACGGCGCGCUGUGCGACGUGGUGCACAACAUCGACCGCAGCUACGGCCUGCCGCUGGUCGUCAUACUCAUGUCCACGCUGCUGCACUUGAUUGUGACACCCUACUUCCUCAUUAUGGAGAUAAUUCUGUCGACGCACCGUCUGCACUUCCUGGUGCUGCAGUUCCUGUGGUGCGCCACACACAUCAUCCGCAUGGUGGUCGUCGUCGAGCCCUGCCACUACACCAUCACUGAGGGCAAGCGAACAGAAGAACUUGUGUGCCGUCUCAUGGCAUCCACACCGUCCACCGGCAUGUUGCCGUCGCGGCUGGAGAUCUUCUCCCGCCAGCUGAUGCUGCAGUCCGUCAGCUACUCGCCCAUGGGCAUAUGCACGCUGGAUAGACCGCUCAUCGCAUCGGUACUGGGCGCAGUGACCACAUAUCUGGUAAUCCUCAUACAGUUCCAGAGAUACGACUCGUAAGGGCGAUCGAUGCCGUGGCUCGCGGGAUGAGCUCUGCGAUGUGUCUACAUUUUAAUAAUGACUGGAAUUCUCUAAGCCAGCGAUACUCAACCUUUUUUUAUACGGGCCACAGACAUGUUUUAUUCUUGGUGUCGCAGGCCGCAACCAAAAUUAUUUAGGGGGAUAAUAAAAUAACGUUGUUCAAAAUAAUCGAUUUACGGGCCCCUGAUAAGGUCCCGG